AUGAACGACGCGCCAGAAUUUGAUAUUAUAAUAAUCGGCGCGACGGGAUACACAGCCCAGCUAGCAAUAAAACACCUCACAACUCACCACAAACAAUUAAAGCUCGGGUUGGGUGCGAGAUCACUGACGAAGCUCGAUGACAUGAAGCAUAAACUGGAUGUACCUUCACACGUACAAUCAAUAUCCAUUCCAGACCUAUCAGUCUACUCAAUUGAGCUUGAGAAUAUCGUAAAGAGGUCUAAAGUCGUCUUAUCAAUGGCUGGUCCAUACGCACUAUACGGUCUCAGCGUAGCUACAGCAUGCGUUAAAAUGGGUGUACACUUUGUAGACAUCAAUGGCGAAGGUCCCAGCUAUUACAUCAAUCUCGUCAAGCAGCUCUCCUACAAAGCUGCGCAAACCAACUCCAUUCUCAUCCCUUCCACUGGUUUGGACAGCCUUCCAAGCGAUAUGGCCGUCUACAAAUCGGUGCAAACCUUACGCGACAAUGGCGUUUACGCCGACAUCAACUACUCUCACAACUCUUUCGGUGGUCUCAUUAAAGGGUUUAGUGGUGGUACCAUUUCUAGCCUCCUGACCAUGUUCGAUAAGACCUCAUAUGCUCAUAUGAAAUCAUUCAAUGAUGACGUCUGGUCACUCGCUCCAGAAGCUCCAUCUGACAGAGCCAGUGUGCAAAACGGCGAGAAGCUGAUAUACUAUGACAACACUGUGCAGAAAUGGGGUACUCCUUGGUUGCUAGGUCCUCAUAAUGUCAGAGUUGUUUACAGAUCUGCUGCCUUACUACCCCAAUUGUACAGCAAGACUUUCAAGUACACAGAGACACUGUCAAGUACCUCCUUCCUACAAGCCCUCAUUCGUGGUGUCUUAAUGGCUAUCGGUGGCUUCCUCUUUGCUGCUUUCCCUUGGUUCAGAUGGGCUCUAUCAAAAGUUGCUCCAAAUUCUGGUUCCGGUCCCACACCUGAACAAGACGCUGCUUGCAGACUCGUUGUCAACAACACGACAAAGACAGUUGAUGGUCACAUUGCGCACACAACAGUCACUGGGAAAGGACACGCUGGGUACAGUCUAACUGGUGUAAUGUGCUCAGAAGUUGCACUCUUACUUGCAAAAAACACUACUAACAAACAAGGUGGCGUCUAUACACCAGCAUCAGCACUAGGCGCAAGUUUGAUUGAAGAAUUGGAGAAAUACGGAGAAUUUAAAUUCACAACCAAAGUCAUUAACUAA